AUGAGCUGCAACGGAGGCUCCCACCCGCGCAUCAACACGCUGGGCCGCCUGACCCGCGCCGAGUCCGGCCCCGACCUGCGCUUCGAGAUGGGCGGCGGCGGCCCCCGGGGGUGCUGCCCGCGGCGCUGCCCCGCCGGCGACCAGACCUCGGACGGCUACUGUCAAACGGGGACCAUGUGCCGGCACCAGAACCAGAACACCAUCCAGGAGCUGCUGCAGAACUGCGCCGACUGCCUGAUGCGGGCGGAGCUGAUUGUGCAGCCAGAGCUGAAGUAUGGUGAUGGGAUCCAGCUGUCCCGCAGCCGCGAGCUGGACGACUGCUUCGCCCAGGCCAAUGAGCAGAUGGAGAUCACCGACGGCCUCAUCAGGGAGAUGCGGCAGAUGGGCCAGCCAUGUGACGCCUACCAGAAGAGGCUGCUGCAGCUGCAGGAGCAGAUGCGCGCCCUCUACAAGGCCAUCAGUGCGCCCCGUGUGCGGCGGGCCAGCUCUAAGGGCGGCGGCGGCUACACCUGCCAGAGCGGCUCGGGCUGGGACGAGCUCACCAAGCGGCUCACGGGCGAGUGCCUGGGCUGGAUGCGGCAGCACCGGGCGGAGAUGGACAUGGUGGCCUGGGGAGUGGACCUGGCGUCCGUGGAGCAGCACAUCAACAGCCACAGGAGCCUCCACAACACCAUUGGGGACUACCGCUGGCAGCUGGACAAGAUCAAGGCCGACCUGCGGGAGAAGUCGGCCAUCUACCAGCUGGAGGAGGAGUACGAGAACCUGCUGAAAGCGUCCUUCGAGCGCAUGGACCACCUGCGGCAGCUGCAGAACAUCAUCCAGGCCACGUCCCGCGAGAUCAUGUGGAUCAAUGACUGCGAGGAGGAGGAGCUGCUAUACGACUGGAGCGACAAGAACACCAACAUCGCGCAGAAGCAGGAGGCCUUCUCGAUCCGCAUGAGCCAGCUGGAAGUGAAGGAGAAGGAGCUCAACAAGCUGAAGCAAGAGAGUGACCAGCUGGUUCUGAACCAGCACCCGGCCUCCGACAAAAUCGAGGCUUACAUGGACACGCUGCAGACCCAGUGGAGCUGGAUCCUUCAGAUCACCAAGUGCAUUGAUGUCCAUCUUAAGGAGAACGCUGCCUACUUUCAGUUCUUUGAAGAGGCCCAGUCGACUGAGGCCUACCUGAAGGGGCUGCAGGACUCCAUCAGGAAGAAGUUCCCCUGUGACAAGAACAUGCCCUUGCAGCGCCUGCUGGAGCAGAUCAAGGAACUGGAGAAAGAACGCGAGAAGAUCCUUGAGUACAAGCGUCAGGUGCACAACUUGGUGAACAAGUCCAAGAAGAUCGUGCAGCUGAAGCCCCGGAACCCCGACUACCGGAGCAGCAAGCCCAUCAUCCUCCGCGCGCUGUGUGACUACAAGCAAGACCAGAAAAUCGUGCACAAAGGGGACGAGUGCAUCCUGAAGGACAACAAUGAGCGCAGCAAGUGGUACGUCACGGGCCCUGGAGGCGUGGACAUGCUUGUCCCCUCCGUGGGCCUCAUCAUCCCGCCUCCAAACCCCCUGGCCGUGGACCUGUCCUGCAAGAUCGAGCAGUACUACGAGGCCAUCUUGGCACUGUGGAACCAGCUGUACAUCAAUAUGAAGAGCCUGGUAUCCUGGCACUACUGCAUGAUCGACAUCGAGAAGAUCAGGGCCAUGACCAUUGCCAAGCUGAAGACCAUGCGGCAGGAGGACUACAUGAAGACCAUCUCGGACCUGGAGCUGCACUACCAGGAAUUCAUCCGCAACAGCCAGGGCUCCGAGAUGUUUGGGGACGACGAGAAGCGCCGCAUGCAGGCCCAGUUCACCGACGCGCAGAAGCACUACCAGACCCUGGUCAUCCAGCUGCCCGGCCACCCGCAGCACCACACAGUCACCACCACGGAAAUCACCCACCUCGGCACCUGCCCCAACGAAGUCCUGGAGGCCAACCGGGAGUGCGACAAGCAGGAGGCGUGCAUGCUGAUCGAGCUGCAGAAGAUCCGCAGGCAGAUGGAGCACUGCGAGGGCAGAAUGGCCCUCCGGAGCACCCUGCUGGCCGACCAGAGCUCCUCCCACCACAUCACUGUGAAGAUCAACGAGCUCAAGAGCGUGCAGAACGACUCCCAGGCCAUGGCCGAAGUCCUCAAUCAGCUGAAGGACAUGCUCGCUAACUUCCGGGGCUCCGAGAAGUACUGCUACCUGCAGAAUGAGGUCUUCGGGCUGUUCCAGAAACUGGAGAACAUCAAUGGUGUCACUGACGGCUACUUGAACAGCUUGUGCACAAUGAGGGCGCUGCUCCAGGCCAUCCUGCAGACGGAGGACAUGCUGAAGGUGUACGAGGCCAGGCUGACUGAGGAGGAGACGGUGUGCCUGGACCUGGACAAGGUGGAGGCGUACCGCUGCGGGCUGAAGAAAAUAAAAAAUGACUUGAACCUGAAGAAGUCGCUCCUGGCCACCAUGAAGGCAGAACUGCAGAAGGCCCAGCAGGUGCACUCCCAGGCCUCACAGCAGUACCCGCUGUAUGACUUGGACCUGGGCAAGUUCAGCGAGAAGGUCACGCUGCUGACUGACCGCUGGCAGAGGAUCGACAAGCAGAUCGACUACAGGCUGUGGGACCUGGAGAAGCAGAUCAAGCAGCUGAGGAACUACCGGGACAACUACCAGGCCUUCUGCAAGUGGCUGUGCGACGCCAAGCGCCGCCAGGACUCGCUGGAGUCCAUGAAGUUCAGCGACUCCAACACCGUCAUGCGCUUCCUGAAUGAGCAGAAGAACCUGCACAACGAGAUCUGCGGCAAGCGCGACAAGUCGGAGGAGGUGCAGAAGAUCGCGGAGCUCUGCGGGAACUCCAUCAAGGACUACGAGCUACAGCUGGCGUCCUACACCUCAGGCCUGGAGACGCUGCUGAACAUUCCCAUCAAGAGGACCAUGGUCCAGUCCCCCUCGGGGGUGAUCCUGCAAGAGGCUGGAGAUAUCCAUGCCCGCUACAUCGAACUCCUCACGAGGUCUGGAGAUUACUACAGAUUCUUAAGUGAGAUGCUGAAGAGUCUGGAAGAUCUGAAGCUGAAGAACACCAAGAUCGAAGUGCUGGAGGAGGAGCUCAGGCUGGCCCGUGACGCCAACUCUGAAAACUGCAACAAGAACAAGUUCCUGGACCAGAACCUGCAGAAGUACCAGGCGGAGUGCUCCCAGUUCAAGGCCAAGCUCGUGAGCCUGGAGGAGCUGAAGCGGCAGGCCGAGCUGGACGGGAAGUCCGCCAAGCAGAACCUGGACAAGUGCUACGGCCAGAUCAAGGAUCUGAAUGAGAAGAUCACCCGGCUGACCUACGAGAUUGAGGACGAGAAGAGGCGGCGGAAGGUGGUGGAGGACAGGUUCGAUCAGCAGAAGAGCGACUACGACCAGCUGCAGAAGGCGCGGCAGUGCGAGAAGGAGAGCCUCGGCUGGCAGAAGAUCGAGUCGGAGAAGGCCAUCAAGGAGAAGGAGUACGAGAUAGAGAGGUUGAGGGUUCUGCUGCAGGAGGAGGGCGCGCGGAAGCGAGAGUAUGAGAAUGAGCUGGCAAAGGUAAGAAACCACUAUAAUGAGGAGAUGAGUAAUUUAAGGAACAAAUAUGAAACAGAGAUUAACAUUACGAAGACCACCAUCAAGGAGAUAUCCAUGCAGAAGGAGGACGACUCCAAAAACCUCCGGGGCCAGCUGGACCGGCUCUCGAGGGAGAACCGCGACCUCAAGGAUGAGAUCGUGCGGCUCAAUGACAGCAUCCUGCAGACCUCAGAGCAGCGCCGGCGGGCUGAGGAGCAGGCCCUGCAGCAGAAGGCCUGCGGCUCGGAGCUGUCGCAGCGCAAGCAGCAGCUGGAGCUGGAGCUGAAGCAGCUCACCCAGCAGCGCUCGGAGGACAACGCCCGACACAAGCAGUCCCUGGAGGAGGCCGCCAGGACCAUCCAGGACAAGAACAAGGAGAUCGAGAGACUGAAAGUCGAGUUUCAGGAGGAGGCCAAGCGCCGCUGGGAGUAUGAGAAUGAACUGGCUAAGGUAAGGACCAGUUACGAUGAGGAGAUCAUUAGCUUAAAGAACCAGUUCGAGACCGAGAUCAACAUCACCAAGACCACCAUCCACCAACUCACCAUGCAGAAGGAGCAGGACACCAGCGGCUACCGGGCCCAGGUGGACGCCCUCACCAGGGAGAACCGCUGCCUGACGGAGGAGGUGCAGCGGCUCAAGAGCACGCUGGCCCAGACCACGGAGAACCUCCGGCGGGUAGAGGGGGACGCGCAGCAGCAGAAGGCCUGCGGCUCGGAGCUAUCGCAGCGCAAGCAGCAGCUGGAGCUGGAGCUCAGGCAGGUCUCACAGAUGCGCUCGGAGGAGGGCGCCCGGUACAAGCAGUCACUAGAUGAGGCCGCCAGGACCAUCCAGGACAAAAACAAGGAGAUUGAGCGGCUCAAGCAGCUGAUAGAGGCGGAGGCCAGUGGGCGCCGGUGCCUGGAGGACGAGAACGCCAAGCUGCAGCGGGCCCAGUGCGAGCUGCAGAAGGCCAACAGCAGCGCCACAGAGACUAUCAGCAAGCUGCGGGUGCAGGAGCAGGAGCUCACGCGCCUGCGGGGGGACUACGAGCGGGUCUCCCAGGAGAGGGCCCUGCGGGACCAGGACAUCACACGCUUCCAGAGCUCCCUGAAGGACCUGCAGGCACAGAAGCAGCGGGCAGAGGAGGAGCUGUCCCGGCUCCGGAGGACGGCCUCCGAGGACUCGUCCAAGAGGAGGAAGCUGGACGAGGAACUGGAGGGCCUGCGGCGCUCCCUGAAGGAGCAGGCCUCCAAGGUCAGCAGCCUGACGCAGCAGCUGGAGCAGGCGUCCAUCGUCAAGAAGAGGAGCGAGGACGACCUGAGGCAGCAGAGGGAUGAGCUGGACGGCCACCUGCGCGACAAGCAGAGGACGCAGGAGGAGCUGCGCCGGCUCUCCGCGGAGCUGGAGGCGCUGCGGCGGCAGCUGGCGCAGGAGCAGGAGAGCGUCCGGCAGGCGCACGCACGCAACGAGCACUUCCAGAAGGCCAUCGAGGACAAGAGCCGCAGCCUGAAUGAGAGCAAGAUCGAGAUCGAGAGGCUGCAGUCGCUCACGGAGAACCUGACCAAGGAGCACCUGAUGCUGGAGGAGGAGCUGCGCAACCUGCGGCUGGAGUACGACGAGGUCCGGCGCGGCCGCAGCGAGGCCGACAGCGGCAAGGACGCCACCAUCGCCGAGCUGCGUGGCCAGCUGCAGACCAGCAACGCCCGCACGCUGGAGCUGCAGGGGCUGAUUAAUGAUUUACAGAGAGAGAGGGAAAAUUUGAGACAGGAAAUUGAGAAAUUCCAAAAGCAGGCUUUAGAGGCGUCCAACAGGAUCCAAGAGUCAAAGAGCCAGUGCACCCAGGUGGUGCAGGAGCGGGAGAGCCUGCUGAUGAAGAUCAAGGUGCUGGAGCAGGACAAGAACCGGCUGCAGAGGCUGGAGGACGAGCUGACCCGCGCCAAGGCCACGCUAGAGGCGGAGGGCCGGCUGAAGCAGCGCCUGGAGUGCGAGAAGGAGCAGAUCCAGAAUGACCUGAACCAGUGGAAGACCCAGUACUCCCGCAAGGAGGAGGCCAUCCGCAAGAUUGAGUCGGAGCGGGAGAAGAGCGAGCGGGAGAAGAACAGCCUGCGCAGCGAGAUCGAGAGGCUGCAGGCCGAGAUCAAGAGGAUCGAGGAGCGCUGCCGGCGGAAGCUGGAGGACUCGUCCCGGGAGACCCAGUCGCAGCUGGAGACCGAGCGCUGCCGGCUGCAGAGGGAGAUCGACAAGCUGCGGCAGCGUCCCUACGGCUCCCACCGCGAGACGCAGACCGAGUACGAGUGGACGGUGGACUCCUCCACGCUGGUGUUCGACGGGCUCAGGAAGAAGGUCACGGCCAUGCAGCUGUACGAGUGCCAGCUCAUCGACAAGGCCACGCUGGACAAGCUGCUGAAGGGGAAGAAGUCGGUGGAGGAGGUGGCCGCUGAGCUCCAGCCCUUCCUCCGGGGUGCUGGUGCCAUCGCUGGGGCCUCCGCCUCGCCUAAGGACAAGUACUCCUUGGUGGAGGCCAAGAGGAAGAAACUCAUCACCCCGGAGUCCACCGUCAUGCUGCUGGAGGCACAGGCGGCCACAGGGGGUGUCAUCGACCCCCACAGGAACGAGAAGCUGACCGUGGACAGCGCCAUCGCCCGGGACCUCAUCGACUUCGAUGACCGGGAGCACAUCUACAUGGCUGAGAAGGCCGUCACCGGUUUCAAUGACCCCUUCUCGGGCAAGACGGUGUCCCUGUCUGAAGCCAUUAAGAAGAACCUGGUGGACCGGGAGACCGGGAUGCGCUUGCUGGAGGCCCAGAUUGCAUCCGGCGGCGUGGUAGACCCCGUGAACAGCGUCUUCCUGCCCAAGGAUGUGGCCCUGGCCCGGGGGCUGAUCGACCGUGACCUAUACCGCUGCCUGAACGACCCCCGGGACAGUCAGAAGAACUUCUUGGACCCCAUCACCAAGAAGAAAGUGGGCUACUCGCAGCUGAGGGAGCGCUGCAGGGUUGAGCCCCACACCGGCCUGCUGCUGCUGUCCGUGCAGAAGAGGAGCAUGUCUUUCCAGGGCAUCCGGCAGCCCGUGACCGUGUCUGAGCUGGUCGACUCCGGCAUCCUGCGGCCCUCCACGGUCAGCGAGCUGGAGUCGGGGCAGAUCUCCUACGACGAGGUGGGCGAGAGGAUCAAGGACUUCCUGCAGGGCUCCAGCUGCAUCGCAGGCAUCUACAACGAGACCACCAAGCAGAAGCUGGGUAUCUACGAGGCCAUGAAGAUCGGCCUGGUCCGGCCAGGCACUGCGCUUGAGCUGCUGGAGGCCCAGGCGGCCACGGGCUUCAUCGUGGACCCCGUCAGCAACCUGCGGCUGCCGGUGGAGGAGGCCUACAAGCGGGGCCUAGUGGGCAUCGAGUUCAAGGAGAAGCUGCUGUCGGCCGAGCGCGCUGUCACCGGCUACAACGACCCCGAGACAGGCGGCAUCAUCUCCCUGUUCCAGGCCAUGAACAAGGAGCUCAUUGAGAAGGGCCACGGCAUCCGCCUGUUGGAGGCGCAGAUCGCCACCGGUGGCAUCAUCGACCCUAAGGAGAGCCACCGCCUGCCCGUGGACAUGGCCUACAAGCGCGGCUACUUCAAUGAGGAGCUCAGCGAGAUCCUCUCGGACCCCAGCGACGACACUAAGGGCUUCUUCGACCCCAACACGGAGGAGAACCUUACCUACCUGCAGCUCAAGGAGAGGUGCAUCAAGGAUGAGGAGACGGGGCUGUGCCUCCUGCCGCUGAAGGAGAAGAAGCGGCAGGUGCAGACCUCACAGAAGAACACCCUGAGGAAGCGCCGGGUGGUCAUCGUCGACCCUGAGACCAACAAGGAGAUGUCCGUCCAGGAGGCCUACAAGAAGGGCCUCAUUGACUACGAGACCUUCCGAGAACUGUGUGAGCAGGAAUGUGAGUGGGAGGAGAUCACCAUCACCGGCUCUGACGGCUCCACCAGGGUGGUCCUGGUGGACCGGAAGACGGGCAGCCAGUACGACAUCCAGGACGCCGUGGACAAGGGCCUGGUGGACCGCAAGUUCUUUGACCAGUACCGAUCUGGCAGCCUCAGCCUCACCCAGUUCGCCGACAUGAUCUCCCUGAAGAACGGCGUCGGCAACGGCGGGGGCCUGGGCUGUGGCACCAGCGACGACGUCUUCAGCAGCUGCCGGCAGGAGUCGUCGGUGAGUAAGAUCUCCACCGUGUCCAGCGUCCGGAAUUUGACCAUCAGGAGCAGCUCCCUGUCUGACCCGCUGGAAGAAUCUGGCCCCAUAGCGGCCAUCUUUGACACGGAAAACCUGGAGAAGAUCUCCGUGGCAGAAGGCAUCGAGCGGGGCAUCGUCGACAGCAUCACGGGCCAGAGGCUGCUGGAGGCCCAGGCCUGCACCGGCGGCAUCAUCCACCCCACAACCGGCCAGAAGCUGUCCCUGCAGGACGCCGUCUCCCAGGGCCUGAUCGACCAAGACAUGGCCACCAGGCUGAAGCCGGCUCAGAAGGCCUUCGUCGGCUUCGAAGGGGUGAAGGGGAAGAAGAAGAUGUCGGCCGCCGAGGCCGUGAAGGAGAAGUGGCUCCCCUACGAGGCCGGCCAGCGCUUCCUGGAGUUCCAGUACCUGACCGGGGGCCUGGUGGACCCGGAGGUGCACGGGAGGAUAAGCACGGAGGAGGCCAUCAGGAAGGGCUUCAUCGACGGCAGGGCGGCACAAAGGCUGCAAGACACCAGCAGCUACGCCAAGAUCCUGACCUGCCCGAAGACCAAGCUGAAGAUCUCCUACAAGGACGCCAUGAGCCGCUCCAUGGUAGAAGAUGUCACGGGGCUGCGCCUGCUGGAGGCCGCCUCAGUCUCGUCCAAGGGCCUACCCAGCCCCUACAACAUGUCCUCUGCCCCCGGCUCCCGCUCCGGCUCCCGCUCGGGCUCCCGCUCCGGCUCCCGCUCCGGCUCCCGCAGCGGGUCCCGGAGAGGAAGCUUCGACGCCACGGGGAAUUCCUCCUACUCCUACUCCUACUCCUUCAGCAGCAGCUCCAUCGGGCACUAGUCGCACGCGGUCGGAAAUGGUGCCUCCACCGUGGCCUCAUCUAUAUGAAUUUCCACUUUAUUAAAUUAAAAAAAAAAAAAAGCCUGGUGCUUGCGGGAAGUAGCGGUAGAAGUUUCUCUGCUUAGGAAAAGGCCGCCAGGGUUGAAACCCAAUAGUCCGGCCGUUCUGGCUUUUCCCCUUGCCCGCCGGCCCUCCCUAAGGGGGCGCGCCGGACGUAGUGUGCGCGAGGGGUAAUCACUUGUAAGGAUAGCACAGAUCGAGCUUAGAAUUUGUUUCUUCUCAGCAUUUAGAUUUUUGAUAGGUUCUUCUUGAAUUUCUGCCGUGGAUACAGAUUUCUGCGCUUGGAAAUAAAAAUCAAGUAGAUCACGGAUAUUGUAGUCAUCAUUCUAUUUCUCAUUUACAUCGAUUCACUUUCUGUAUUAGAAAAUUACCCUGCUCAAGCCCUCCCUACCCCUCCUCCCAAGAACCCCCCCCACCCCGGCAUCUGGAGAAGUCUCCUCAGUGUGUGACUGGUGCGACCCGCGUGCCCUGACCCCCCCCCCCGUAUAGUUUGGUGUUCAUUUGACUGUAUGCACGAUAACAGCAAUCUUUGCUUCUCUUCGGUCAAAGUUUUCUGUUUAUUUUGCUUGUCAUUUUCUAUGUACUUUGAAAAGGUGCCUUCAUGAAGUUUGCGCUUCUGGCAAUAAACUUUUAAACUUUUGAGGUGUUCGU